UUCGGCUCUGACUUCCAACAUGGCGCACGCGGGUGGCGGCAGCGGCGUCGGGGGCUCCGCGGGCCGAGGGCUGAGCGGCGCCCGCUGGGGUCGCUCGGGCUCCGUGGGCCACGAGAAGCUGCCGGUGCAUGUCGAGGACGCUCUGACUUACCUGGACCAGGUGAAGAUCCGUUUCGGCAGCGACCCCGCUACCUACAACGGCUUCCUGGAGAUCAUGAAGGAGUUCAAAAGCCAGAGCAUCGACACCCCCGGAGUCAUCAGGCGCGUGUCGCAGCUCUUCCACGAGCACCCCGACCUCAUCGUGGGGUUCAACGCCUUCCUGCCGCUGGGGUACAGGAUCGACAUCCCCAAGAAUGGCAAGCUGAAUGUGCAGUCGCCCCCGCCGGGCCAGGAGGAUGCGCACGGCCACGGCCACGGGGACUGCGCUGGGGACGUCAAGCAGCCUGCGCCAUACAAGGAGGACCGACCACAGGCGGCGCUGGAGUCCGACUCGGUGGAGUUCAACAACGCCAUCAGCUACGUGAACAAGAUCAAGACCCGCUUCCUGGACCACCCCGAGAUCUACCGCUCCUUCCUGGAGAUCUUGCACACCUACCAGAAGGAGCAGCUGGGUGCCAAGGGCCGGCCGUUCCGCGGCAUGUCGGAGGAGGAGGUGUUCGCUGAGGUGGCCAGCCUCUUCCGCGGCCAGGAGGACCUGCUCUCCGAGUUCGGCCAGUUCCUGCCUGAAGCCAAGCGCUCCCUGUUCACAGGAAACGGGACGUGCGAGACGAGCAGCGUCCCCAAGGCCGGACACGAGAGGGGCUUGGAGCACAGCAAAAAGCGCUCACGGCCCUCGCUGCUCCGGCCCGUGUCGGCGCCUGCCAAGAAGAAGAUGAAGCUGCGUGGGAACAAGGACCUGUCCAUCGCGGCCGUGGGGAAGUACGGGACCCUGCAGGAGUUCUCCUUCUUCGACAAGGUGCGCCGCGUGCUCAAGAGCCAGGAGGUGUACGAGAACUUCCUGCGCUGCAUCGCGCUCUUCAACCAGGAGCUGGUGUCGGGCUCCGAGCUCCUGCAGCUGGUCAGCCCCUUCCUAGGGAAGUUCCCGGAACUCUUUGCACAGUUCAAGUCCUUCCUGGGGGUGAAGGAGCUCUCGUUCGCGCCGCCCAUGAGCGAGCGGUCCGGGGACGGGAUGAGCCGCGAGAUUGACUACGCCUCCUGCAAACGCAUCGGCUCCAGCUACCGGGCGCUGCCCAAGACCUACCAGCAGCCGCGCUGCAGCGGGCGCACAGCCAUCUGCAAGGAGGUGCUGAACGACACCUGGGUGUCCUUUCCCUCGUGGUCGGAGGACUCCACCUUUGUCAGCUCUAAGAAGACACCCUACGAGGAGCAGCUGCACCGCUGUGAGGAUGAGCGCUUCGAGCUGGACGUCGUCCUGGAGACCAACCUGGCCACCAUCCGUGUGCUGGAGAGCGUGCAGAAGAAGCUGUCGCGGAUGGCGCCCGAGGACCAGGAGAAGUUCCGGCUGGACGACUCGCUGGGCGGCACGUCCGAGGUGAUCCAGCGGCGCGCCAUCCACCGCAUCUACGGGGACAAGGCCCCCGACAUCGUGGAGAGCCUCAAGAAGAACCCGGUCACCGCCGUGCCCGUGGUGCUCAAAAGGCUGAAGGCCAAGGAGGAGGAGUGGCGGGAGGCGCAGCAGGGCUUCAACAAGGUGUGGCGGGAGCAGUAUGAGAAGGCGUACCUCAAGUCCCUGGACCACCAGGCCGUGAACUUCAAGCAGAACGACACCAAGGCCCUGCGCUCCAAGAGCCUGCUCAACGAGAUUGAGAGCGUCUACGACGAGCACCAGGAGCAGCACUCGGAGGGCCGCAGCGCGCCGCCCAGCGAGCCGCACCUGGUCUUCGUGUACGAGGACCGGCAGAUCCUGGAGGACGCGGCGGCGCUCAUCAGCUACUACGUGCAGCGGCAGCCGGCCAUCCAGAAGGAGGACCAGGGCACCAUCCGCCAGCUGCUGCACCACUUCCUGCCCAGCCUCUUCUUCUCGCAGCAGCUCGAGCUGGGCGCCGACGAGGAGUCCGCCGACGAGGAGCGCGACGGGGCGCCGGGCGCCGGGCAGGGCGCGGGCGGGGACGCGGCCGAGCGCAGGAAGCCGGGGCCGGGGUCGGGGCCAGGGCCGGGGCCGGCGGAGGAGAGGGCGGCGGCGGCGGCGGCGCUGGACGACGUGUACAGCCUGCUCUUCGCCAACAACAACUGGUACUUCUUCCUGCGGCUGCACCAGACGCUGUGCGCGCGCCUGCUGCGCAUCUACCGGCAGGCGCAGAAGCAGCUGCUGGAGUUCCGGCGCGAGAAGGAGCGCGAGAAGCUGCUGUGCGACGGCCGCCGCGAGAGGGGCAGCGACCCCGCCAUGGAGCUGCGGCUCAAGCAGCCCAGUGAGGUGGAGCUGGAGGAGUACUACCCGGCCUUCCUGGACAUGGUGCGCAGCCUGCUGGAGGGCAGCAUCGACCCCACGCAGUACGAGGACACGCUGCGCGAGAUGUUCACCAUCCACGCCUACAUCGGCUUCACCAUGGACAAGCUGGUGCAGAACAUCGCCCGGCAGCUGCACCACCUGGUGAGCGACGACGUGUGCCUGAAGGUGGUGGAGCUCUACCUGAGCGAGAAGCGGCGCGGCGCGGCCGGCGGGAACCUGUCCUCCCGCUGCGUGCGCGCCGCCCGCGAGACCAGCUACCAGUGGAAGGCCGAGCGCUGCAUGGCCGACGAGAACUGCUUCAAGGUGAUGUUCCUCCAGCGCAAAGGCCAGGUCAUCAUGACCAUCGAGCUCCUGGACACUGAGGAGGCCCAGACGGAGGACCCCGUGGAGGUGCAGCACCUGGCACGCUACGUGGAGCAGUACGUGGGGACCGAGGGAGCGUCAAGCUCACCCUCAGAGGGCUUCCUGCUCAAGCCUGUGUUCCUGCAGAGGAACCUGAAGAAGUUCCGGCGCUGGCAGUGCGAGCAGGUGCGGGCCCUGCGCGGCGAGGCCAAGAGCGCGUGGAAGCGGCUGACGGGCGUGGAGAGCGCGUGCGGCGUGGACUGCCGCUUCAAGCUGGGCACGCACAAGAUGGUGUUCGUGGUCAACUCCGAGGACUACAUGUACCGCCGCGGGACCCUCUGCCGCGCCAAGCAGGUGCAGCCGCUCGUGCUGCUGCGGCACCACCAGCACUUCGAGGAGUGGCACAGCCGCUGGCUGGAGGACCACGUGACGGGGGAGGCGGCCGGCCUGGUGCAGGACUGGCUGAUGGGCGAGGAGGACGAGGACAUGGUGCCCUGCCAGACGCUGUGCGAGACGGCGCACGUGCAUGGCCUGCCAGUCACGCGCUACCGCGUGCAGUAUGGCCGCCGCCCCGCCUCGCCUUGAGCGCCCCGGGGAGGGUCCGCCUCCAAGAGACGCGGAGCACCCUGGGAGCUGGCGCUGCGGGCGGGCGGGCCCCCCGGGGGCCUGGUGCCGGCGGGGGGCCGUGCACUGGGCGAUUCUCCCCUCCUGCCACGGCCCAGGGCUCCUCGGGGGUGAGGUCGCCCCAGGGAGCCCCCACUCCUGCCGCCUUUGCCGUGCCAAGGAGCCCCAGUGGCUGCGGACGGGGCCCAAGCCCGACCCCCGGAGCCAGCCGCCGGGACAGGGGCGCUGACCCCCCCGGUUCCUGGAGGCAGAGCCGCGCUGCUGGAAGUUCCUGGGGACCCGGAGGCGCUGCGCCCCGAGGAGGCCCCCUGUGCCCGCCCCUGCCCUGCCGCAUGCGCCCCGGAGACCUUUCUGUUCUGGGCCUGUCCGUCCUCUGCCGCUGUUUUGAAUGUAGUUCUCCUUUUCUAUUUAUUUGCACAUUAAAGUUAAAGGUUAAACGCGGA